AUGCUGGGUCUAUUGAACCUGGCCUUGCUGGCCGUUCUGGUCGCGAUGCUCUACGGCCCGGUGUCUCGCCAGAUUACCAUUCUCGGAGUCCUGCGACAUCCCGCCCCUCUGGUCCUUGCUGAGGGGCAGGGCUUCUACAAGAUCGAGGAUACGAUGCAAUGCGAGGAUCUGCACUACUGGUCGCCCACGAACAAGGUCUUUGCGGUCUGUGAGGACUCGGUGCUGCCGCGCUUCAAGUGGUUUCCUCCCGUGGGGAACUUUGAAGGGCCCGCGACGACGACGGGCUCGAUCCAUGUUAUUGAUCCGCAGACCAUGAAGGCGAGUCGGCUCGCGUUCGAGAACUUCGCGGGCCCCUUUGUGACGCAUGGAUUCGAUGUCAUCGAGGAUCCGGAAACCCCCAACGCCGUGUAUAUCUUUGCAGUGAACCAUCUGUCCAAUCCGGACUUCUACCAGGCCGCUGCGGUCGGCGAGGAUGUCCCCCGCGCACGGUCGCAGGUCGAGCUCUUCCACCAUGUCUUGGAGUCGAGCACGGCCCGACAUGUUCGUUCUAUCCGGAACCCACUGAUCGCGACGCCGAAUGAUAUCUACGCGGAGAGCCCGAAUUCCUUCUUUGUCACCAAUGACCAUCUCUACCGUACGGGCUACAAACGGAUGAUCGAGGAUGUCCUUCCCCUGGCCAAGUGGUCCAGCACCAUCCACGUGCAGAUCCACGACUUCAACGCCGAAGAUGCCGCCGCUGGCAUUGACGCGACCGUAGCGCUCACCGGACUGUACAACAACAACGGCUUGGGCCAUGGCAAGACCAAAGACGAGAUGCUGGUCGUCAGCUGUAUGGGAGGAACGCUGUAUCGCGCCCAUGCGAACAGCGGCAACCAUACGAUAACCCUGGGAGAUGCGAUUCGCCCAGGCGGCCAGUUCGACAAUCCUAGCUACUACUCGGAUCCAUAUCGCACCGCGUCCCACGACGCCAGUGGCUACGUGCUGGGGGGCAUGGCACGUCCCGUUGACCUAGCGAAACACCACAGUGAUCCCGCGGCCAAAGACGGGGCGAUUGUGUUCUACGUGCGGCCCAAAUCUGGCUCAGGUGCAGCAGCAACAGAAUGGGAGUCGCGCGUCAUCUUUCAGGACGAUGGGACUCUCAUCCGGACCGCUAGCUCGGCCGUCCUGGUGCCGAUUGAGACCCAAACUGGACAGAAGAAGAAAGCAUGGUUGUUUGUGAGUGGCUUCUUCUCCGAGAGCGUUAUUGCCGUGGAGGUUGAGCUGUAG